CUGAUUGCCUGUCAACAGCAUGCCUCAGCCCUCACUCCCAGUUUGCCUGCUUUGCCUGCUGACCUUCACUUCAGCAUGCUACAUCCAGAACUGCCCCAGAGGGGGGAAGCGAUCCUUUCCAGACGAAAAUGUCAGGCAGUGUAUGCCUUGUGGCCCUGAGAACAGGGGCCGCUGUUUUGGGGCUAACAUCUGCUGCGGGGAGGAGAUCGGCUGCUACAUUGGAACAUCAGAGACCUUGAGAUGUCAGGAGGAGAAUUACCUGCCAUCCCCUUGUGAACCUGCUGGAAAACCAUGUGGUGGAAACAGUGGGAAGUGUGCCUCAUUGGGAAUCUGCUGCUCUGAUGAAACCUGCACUACGGACUCGAUGUGUCUGGGAAAUGAGAGCAAAUGGAAACACUCACCCAUGGAGAGAAACUUGAGCCUCUUAGACAGCGCUGCAACCGACCUCCUUCUAAGACUAAUGCGUCUUUCUAACAGGCAGCCUGCAGAGAAGCAGCAGCUAGUAUAAAAUUGUAUUCAAAAGUGCCCUCUCUUUGCUGUCUUUGAGACCAUAUAAUACUUGGAGUAUAGGAACGAGCUGCAUGUGGAGCGGAGGUUUUAAGAAGAGGGCCAUAAACAAUGCAUGUUAUUCUAUGGCUAUGAUAUAUCUUAGUGCUAUUGGGUGUUCUUAUUUAAUACUAACAGUUUGUCAAUCUCAAUAUUUAUGUUGAAGGUAGUAAAUAUACUUUGUCAAAUGUCAUUUUAGUUAAAUUUCCUUCAAGUAAGCUUUGUUAAUAGUAUAAAAUAGUUCAAGCUAUUUUUCAUUUCUUCUGUAACUCGUAAACAUUAAGGAAGCAUGUGUACAUAUAUAGCAAAAUAAACUCCAAUGUUGUUAAUGGCCAAACUGCAAUGCAACGUGAUCA